CCGGGUCGGUCCGAAUCAUUCAGAAGCGGGUCUGGUCGCUUGGGUUUGCCUUCGUUCCUCCUCGAAGCCUCUGCGUAAGUGCGUAGCAAAACCCUAGCGGUCACGGUCGUUGAUCGUGAAGGACUCGAUUCAAGCCUCCCAUCGGUCGGAGGAGGAAAUAUGGUCGUCAUCGAGCAAGAGCCGGAGACCGAGGAGAUCCGUGAAGCCCAUGCGAACGCCCCACCUGCGGACGCUCCGGCGCAUGGGGAACAUGAAAGCGACGAGGAGUCGUUUGAGGAUGCACUGACCGAAGAACAGUUGAGGGAGAAAUCUCUCAAUCAAGCGAAUGAUGCAAAAGAGGAAGGGAACAAGCUCUUUAGAAGUGGUCAAUAUGAGGAUGCUCUCUUGCAGUAUGAAAUUGCCUUGCAGAUUGCUUCUGAAUUACCUUCAUCUGUAGAUGUAUGCUCUAUGUCUCAUGGCAACAGGGCUGCUUGCUUCUUGAAAUUGAAUCAAUACACAGAUGCUGUAACUGAAUGCACAAAAGCAUUGGAACUGAAUCCUUCUUAUAUAAAAGCACUAGUUAGAAGAGCAGAAGCUCAUGAAAAACUUGAAAACUACGAGGAGGCUAUUGCUGAUUUGAAAAAGGUUAUCGAGUUGGAUCCUUCCAAUGACCAAGGUAGAAGAUGGAUAAGACGGUUGGAGCCAAUUGCAGCAGAAAAAAGGGAGAAAAUGAAGGAAGAAAUGAUUGGGAAGCUGAAAGAGAUGGGGAACUCAUUGUUGGGACGUUUUGGGAUGAAUCUUGACAACUUCAAAGCUGUAAAAGACCCCAACACAGGCUCAUAUUCCCUCUCCUUUCAGCGGUAGUAUAUGCCACAUCAGAAAUCCUAUGAUACUUGUUCAUCCGGUUAAUCAACUUCAAACUAUUUCUUUCCUUUGUACUUGAAUAGUUACCAUAAUCUUUUGUUUGCUUGUUUUUGGUUGCUCUGGUUUUGUCUGUGUCAUUGCCAUUGAUAAUGAUUAUAUACAUCAAAAACCAUAUCUCUUGUUAUAUAUAGCUAUAUUUUGGUCAA